AGGGGCUUGGUGCAACGUUUAGCGUAGGGUCUGGGCAGAGUAUGGCGUCUGGAGGAAGCAAAAAUAGUCCCCUCAGGGGGCGGGACUUAUUGAAACGUUAGGGGCACAAUCUCGCGGAGUGGAAGAUUCCGACCCCGACAGGGCGUGGAGUUAGGACCGCGUCAGGGGUUCAGUCUCCCCGACCAUGACCUCCACCGGCCAAGAUUCCACCACAACCGGACAGGGAAGGAGUAGACACACCCCCCACUCACCACCCCACAACUCCAGCGUCAUCCUCACCUCGAAGCGAGGUGUUAAGAAGGGUGCCGUACCCUGCUCCAGCCCCAGUCUAGCAGAGGUAAAGAAGAAAGGCAGAAUGAAGAAGCUCAGCCAAGCAGCAGAGCAAGACCUAAUCAUGGGGCUUCAAGAGCUGGAUCUGAACCUUGAGCCCAAGGUACUGUCUGGCACAGGCUUGGUAUUUGAUGAGCAGCUAAAUGAAUUCCACUGCCUCUGGGAUGACAGCUUCCCUGAAGGCCCCGAGCGGCUCCAUGCCAUCAAGCAGCAGCUGACCCAGGAGGGCCUCCUGGAUCGCUGUAUCUCCUUCCAGGCUCGAUCUGCCAAAAAGGAGGAGCUGAUGAUGGUUCACAGCCUAGAAUACAUUGAUCUGAUGGAGACGACCCAGUACAUGAAUGAGGUGGAACUCCACAUCCUGGCAAACAAUUAUGACUCAGUCUACCUGCAUCCAAACUCAUACACAUGUGCCUGCCUGGCCUCAGGCUCUGUCCUCAGGCUGGUGGAUGCGGUUCUGGGGGCCGAAGUACAGAAUGGCAUGGCCAUCAUCAGGCCUCCUGGACACCAUGCCCGGCACAGUCUUAUGGAUGGGUAUUGCAUGUUCAACCAUGUGGCCGUGGCUGCCCGCUAUGCUCAGCAGAGGCAUGAUAUUCAGAGGGUCCUUAUUGUGGAUUGGGAUGUGCACCAUGGUCAAGGAAGACAGUUCAUCUUUGACCAGGACCCCAGCAUCCUCUAUUUCUCCAUCCUCCACUAUGUGCACGGCCAGUUCUGGCCCCACCUUAAGGCCUCUAACUGGUCCGCCACAGGCUUCAGCCAAAGCCAGGGAUACAACAUCAAUGUGCCUUGGAACGAGGUGGGGAUGCGAGAUGCUGACUACAUUGCUGCGUUCCUGCAUAUCCUGCUGCCAGUCGCCCUUGAGUUCCAGCCCCAGCUGGUCCUGGUGGCUGCUGGAUACGAUGCCCUCCAAGGGGACCCCAAGGGCAACAUGGCUGCCACUCCAGCAGGGUUCGCCCAGCUGACCCACCUGCUCAUGGGUCUGGCAGGAGGCAAGCUGAUCCUGUCUCUGGAGGGUGGCUACAACUGCCGCUCCCUGGCUGAGGGCGUCAGUGCCUCGCUCCACACCCUUCUGGGAGACCCUUGUCCCAUGCUGGAGUCCCCUGGCGCCCCCUGCUUGAGUGCCCGAACUUCGAUCUCCUGCACUUUGGUAGCCCUCGAGCCCUUCUGGGAGGUCCUUAUGCAAUCUGCUGAGACCCUCGAGGAGGACUACGUGGAGAACGACAAGGAGGAGGGGCCGUGGGAGCCCCCUGUGCCCCAAAUCCUGGCCUGGCCAGUGCUGCGCGCUCGCACGGGGCUGGUCUAUGACCAGCGUAUGAUGAGUCACUACAACUUAUGGGACAACCACCACCCCGAGAUGCCCCAGCGCAUCUCGCGAAUUAUGUACCAUCUGGAGGAGCUGGGCCUCGCUGAGCGCUGCCUCACCCUGCCUGCACGCCCUGCCACAGAUGCUGAGCUGCUCACCUGCCACAGUGCUGAGUACAUGGCUCGUCUGCGAGCCACGGAGAACAUGAAAACCCGGGAGCUGCACCGUGAGGGCGCCAGCUUUGACUCCAUCUACAUCUGCCCCAGCACCUUCACCUGUGCGCAGCUCGCCACUGGUGCUGUAUGCCGCCUAGUGGAGGCUGUGCUUGCUGGAGAGGUACUGAAUGGUACUGCCGUGGUGCGCCCCCCAGGACAUCAUGCAGAGUGGGAUGCUGCGUGCGGUUUCUGCUUUUUCAACUCUGUGGCGGUGGCUGCUCGCCAUGCCCAGGCCAUCAGUGGGCAUGCCCUGCGGAUCCUGAUUGUGGAUUGGGACGUCCAUCAUGGUAAUGGAACUCAGCACAUAUUUGAGGAUGACCCCAGUGUGCUCUACAUGUCCCUUCACCGCUAUGAUCAUGGCACCUUCUUCCCCAUGGGGAAUGAGGGUGCCAGCAGCCAGAUUGGCCAGGCCCCCGGCAUGGGCUUCACUGUCAACGUGGCCUGGAAUGGGCCCCGCAUGGGUGACCCCGAGUACCUGGCUGCCUGGCAUCGUCUGGUGCUUCCCGUUGCCUAUGAGUUUAACCCAGAACUGGUGCUGGUCUCAGCUGGCUUUGACGCCGCACAGGGAGACCCCUUGGGGGGUUGCCAGGUGUCACCUGAAGGCUAUGCCCACCUCACCCACCUGCUGAUGGGCCUUGCCAACGGCCGCAUUAUCCUAAUCUUAGAGGGUGGCUAUAACCUGACAUCCAUCUCAGAGUCCAUGGCUGCCUGCACUCGCACCCUCCUUGGGGACCCACCACCCCUGCUGGCCCCUCUGCGGCCCCCACUAUCAGGGGCCCUGGCCUCCAUCUCUGAGACUAUCCACAUCCAUCACAGAUACUGGCGUAGCUUGCGGAUCAAAAAGGUAGAGGACAAGGAGGAGGAAACCUCCAAUUCUGAGCUGGUCACCAAGGAGCCUCAACCAGCCAAUCCUGGGUCAGCCGAGGGGAUGGCCACGCCAGAAGAAAACAUUCUGGAAGCAGGCACGAGGAAGGCUACCUCAGCAUCACCCGUGGAAGGGUCCACUCUAGGCCAGGCUAAGUCGGAGACAGCCGUGAUGGAGCUCACUCAAGACAAGUCCUUGGAGGCAGCCACCGGCGGGGCUGUGCUGGACCAGACCACCUCAGAGGGGCCUGUGGGGGACACCAAGCUAGCUUCACGCACUGACAACCAGACCACCCCGUCCUCACCUGUGCAGGAAACCACCCCUCACAUAUCACCCAGUAACCUGAUUGAGAGUCUCAGGACCUUGGAACUAAGCAACAAGGCUCAGAAGGCCCCAGAUUCUCAGACCCCAGAAGAGGAGAAGCUACUAGGAGAGGCAGCUGGCGGUCGUCGGGACCUGGAUGAUUCCAUGCUGAUGGGCUUUGGGGACACUGACAAGGCCACCUUUUAUGCUGUGACACCACUGCCCUGGUGUCCCCAUUUGAUGGCAGUCUGCCCCAUACCUGCAACAGGCCUGGACGUGACCCAACCCUGUCGGGACUGUGGAUCCCUCCAGGAGAAUUGGGUGUGUCUGUCUUGCUAUCAGGUCUGCUGCGGUCGUUACAUCAAUGCCCAUAUGAUCCAACACCAUGAAGACUCAGGACACCCGCUAGUUCUCAGCUUCGUUGACCUGUCUACCUGGUGUUACCACUGUCAGGCCUAUGUCCACCACCAGGCUCUCCUAGAUGUGAAGAAUUUCGCCCAUCAGAACAAGUUUGGGGAAGACAUGCCUCAACCACACUAAAUACCAGAAUGCACUCUCUCUUCUCCACCUUCUGAGGCCCAAGAUAGACCAGCCUUAGUUUAUUCCAAUCUGUACCUUGGAUGAGGGGUAGCCUCUCACCAAAUCCCUUCCUGAAUACCCUUUACAACACCCCAAGGGUGCUUAUUUAAGUGUAAAUACUUUUAAGAGGACUGCACUGAUCAAUUGUGGAUCUCCUUUUGCCCAUGCCUGCUUGAAAGACUCCAUCUACUCCCCUCAGAGGAAAAGGAGGGCAACUCAGUGCCCCCAAGAAGGGACUGAUAUCAUGAAGAUGAUGACAUUGGAGGGAGGGAGGAUCAUACUGGCAUGUAUGGCAGGGUUGCAUAUGUAAUAAAGUGCAAGCUA